CAGUUUAUAUUUACUAAAAUAAUUGUAUUUCCAUGUAUUUUUGUCUUUCAUUUCUAUUUUAAACUGAAUAGGUUGUUUUACAAAGCAAGGGCUUACAAAUACCAUAUUUUUUGCUCCAUAAAACACACUUUUUUCCUCCAAAAAAUGGGGAGAAAUGUUUGUGCAUCUUAUGGAGCGAAUAUGGAGCCUUCGCCGCUGCUGUGUCAGAAUACUGGGCCAGCCGCUCGGCUCUACUGUGCAGAAGAACCUGCUUCUCGGUCCUACCUGUUCCACGGUCCAGCGGUGUUCUGCUUUCACUGGCCGUCUUCUCUCCUCCCUGGCACCGGCAUCUUCAGUGUGGGCACCCAGCUGUGGCAGCUUGCGGCUUCACAGCCGGGUGCCCACUGCGCAUGCACGAGAAACGCUGCACUUUGUCAAUGGCCCCGUAGUCUUGUGGGACCUAUCACGUGUCCCACAAGACUAUGGGGAGGGAGGGGGGAGGACCACUCCAUGGAAGUGGGAGCAGGUACCUGAUGCAGUCUCUGGUCAUCUUCUGUAUUAUGUCUGCAGUCUUUAGUCAUCUCCUGUACUAUGUCCGCAGUCUCUGGUCAUCUGUAGUAUGUCCGCAGUCUCUGGUCAUCUCCUGCACUGUGUCCGCAGUCUCUGGUCAUCUGUACUAUAUCCACAGUCUCUGAUCAUCUCCUGUACUAUAUCUGCAGUCUCUGAUCAUCUCCUGUACUAUAUCUGCAGUCUUUGAUCAUCUCCUGUACUAUAUCUGCAGUCUCUGGUCAUCUCAUGUACUGUGUCUGCAGUCUCUGGUCAUCUCCUGUACUAUGUCUGCAGUCUCUGGUCAUCUCCUGUACUGUGUCUGCAAUCUCUGGUCAUCUCCUGUACUAUGCCUGCAGUCUAUGGUCAUCUCCUGUACUAUGUCUGCAGUCCAUUGGUCAGAAUUAUUUUUUUCUUGUUCUCCUCCUCUAA